CGCACUCUUGGCUCGUCAUCUGUUCGUUUAUCUGUUGCCCUUCAACAUGAGUGUUGCUUCUUGCCUUUUAUAAGCAGACAGUGACUGUUUAUACCACAGAUUAACAGUUCAUACCACAGAAUCCUGGAAAGUGACACCUCUGCCCCUCGAUCCUUCCGUCCACCUUCCUUUCUGAGCCCUAGGACGGUGAUCCACCCUAAAGCACGAAUUAUUGCAGAGGCCGGGCCAAUAAUUAUCGGUGAAGGAAACCUAAUAGAAGAGCAGGCCCUCAUCAUAAAUGCCCAUCCAGAUAACAUCAUCCCAGACAGUGAAGACACAGAGCCCAAACCUAUGAUUAUCGGCACCAACAACGUAUUUGAAGUCGGCUGUCAUUCCCAAGCCAUGAAAAUGGGAGACAGUAAUGUCAUUGAGUCAAAAGCAUACGUAGGCAGGAAUGUCAUCCUGACCAGUGGUUGCAUCAUCGGGGCUUGCUGCAGCCUGAACACCUUUGAAGCCAUCCCUGAGAACACGGUGAUCUACGGGGCAGACUGCCUGCGGCGGGUGCAGACAGAACGGCCACAGCCACAGACACUCCAGCUGGAUUUCUUGAUGAAGAUCUUGCCCAAUUACCACCACCUGAAGAAGACGAUGAAAGGCAGCUCAACUCCAGUCAAGAACUGAGAGGGUGUCGGGGUGGUGCCCCGCCUCUGCUAGCUCUCAAAGGGCCUGAGUGUUGGCAUCAUCCUGACUUGACACUGGGAACUUGAGCUGGAGAGAGGUGGGUCCCACUGCAACUACCGCUAUAAUUUAUAUGGACUGUAUUGUUUCCCUGUCCUGUAUAGACCCAGUUUUUCUUUUGUUCUACAAAAUAUUAGCCAUGCAUCUAUUCUGUAAAAGACUACCCAUGAUAACAUGUCAUAUUAUGUGUUUAUAUUCUAAUGUAACCAUAUGACAUAACUAAAUAAAAGUUUGGCUGCGGGGCUGGAGAGAUGGCUCAGCGGUUAAGAGCACUGACUGCUCUUCCAGAGGUCCUGAGUUCAAAUCCCAGCAAC